AGAGCCGCUCCGCCGCCUCCAGCUCCAGAAGCUGCUGCCGUGCCCCCCCUCCCUCCAUCACCACCAGCGCCACCUUGUGUCCUCUUUGCACACAACAAGCUGUAAUUACCACCCCACCCCUCCAGGAAGAUCUGAGCAGACACUCGUCCCUCGUCCGUCUCAUCAGUGAAAAGACACAGCUUCCUCUCAGGUGACCCGUCCCCUCCCCGGCGUCCAGGCAUGGCAGACGGUCGGCAGCCAGACGAGCACUGGGCCUCCAACGGCCGAGAGAACGGCGAGAACGGCUACUCCGCCUACAGCGCCGGCUACAGGGAGAACGGGUUCCACGGCGGGGCGGCUGCACAUCCUGGAACCACAGUGGAUGACUCAGCCAAUUUGCCUCCCUCCCCUCCCCCCUCUCCAUCCGCUGAGCAGAUCGGGCCCGUGGCACAAGCCCGGCCGGAAGAAGAAUGUCUCAGUCCGGAGUCGGGUGAGUCUGUGGUGAAAGAAGACGAGCAGCAAGUGUCGUCGCUGCUGGUUGUUGAGAAAGCGAAUCCUGAAGGGGAAGAAGUCGCCUCGAGUGAAGCUCCGCCUCCUCCGUCUGUGAAAGAUGAAGAAGCUUCCUCGAUGGAGGAGGCAAGAAAAGACGAAGAGGGUGAAGUCGAAGAGUCGCAAGAGGUGAAAGAGUCAGAAGAGUUGUCGCCAAGCGAAGAGAAACCGACAGUUGAGUCCUUAGAUACGGAACAAGAUGGAGGUAGUGACGUUAGGACGCAGGAGACACCAGUGACUGAUAUUGAAAACGUCAAAUCGAGUCCAGAACCUGGUGCAGAGUCCGAAACCACAUCUGGGAAGUUGGUAGAAGAGAAACCAGGAGCUGCGAGUUACUUUGAGACGUCCACAAAAAUCCCCGGAGACAAUUCAGCGCAAACUCAGAGCUACUACGAGCUCAGCACAGCGACGGAGACGGAGUCAAGAGAACCUGAAGAAGUUGUUCUGAAGCAAGAGGACGAAGAGGAGACAGUGAAGACGUCCAGCUGUGAAGUGUCGUUAGAGCAGAGAAGCCUCUCGCUGAACAUCACCGUCGGAUCCUCGGAGAAGGAGUCCAGCUCCUUCUCAGAGAGUUUAUGUCCAAUCAGUGGAAGUUUUGAUGAAGCCGAGGUUCCUCCUUCAACGCCACCGGUGGAGAACCGUGACCACAAGCUUCCUCCAGCGGUGUCCAUCACUCAAACAUCUGCUGACGCCCACGAGGAUGCUCCUGCUGAAGAAACGCCCCCAAGUCCUGAUGAGGAGAUGUCCAGUUUCUGCCUCUCUGAGAUGUUGGACCUGGCGGGAGCGCUGCCCCAGCUGUCGGGGGGGAGGAGGGAGGUCGACCACAUGAGGAGGAAGUCGGUGCCCACCAACGUGUCGUCCCUCGUGGGCAGCUCUCUGGCCCGGCUUGCUUUGGGAGAUACGAUCUCCAGGAGGGAAACCCAGCUGGAGGAACUGGGCUACUGUGUCUUCAACGAGUACUCGGGUCCGAUGCCGUCUCCUGCAGACGUUCCCAGUCCGGGACACUCUCCGCACCAGUGCUUCCCGUCUGUGGAGAGCCAGGUCGAGGAAGAGCUCAGUGGUUACAAGGGGAUCCACCAACCGGAUCAAAGAACUGUAACCGAGAAUAAGGACUCGCCGGGGCAGACGUCCAAGAUGAUGGAACGAGCCGUGACGAGCGGAGUGAAACCCGAUCGCCUGAGAAUCCCGAUGACCGGCUCCAAAGACAGGAUGAAUGAAUUCCGUCUGGAUAGCGGCCUGACAGGGGACCUCAAGAUCCAAGCCAUCCCUGAGGUGGACGUGGAGAAAGACCCGUCCAGAGAGGCGUCCCCCAUCCCGCCGGACAGUUCCUUCACUUUCUGUCCCGUGGACCCUUUGAGCAGAGUUCCAAAGAGUCCCACCGUCCCCAAAUCUCCAGAGGACACACUUUCAGAAAGCCAAGACGCUAAAGACGAAGCUGGGGAAGAGGUCAAAGCGGAGGACGAGUUAGAAUCUGAGGGCGGAGAUGAUAAAAAGCAAGAGUUGGACAAAGAAACGACGCCACCUGAGCAGAAAGAAUCAGAACAAGGUAAAGAAGCGAGCAGAUCUUCAGUUUUCUCUCCGUCUUCAGAGGAGAAGAAGAUUCAAGAAGUCACAGAAACACAAGAGAUCCCAAAAACCCAAAUCCACUCACAAAUAAGCACCUCCAUCAUCGUCAUACCUCAAGCACAAGCAGAGGAAGAGGAUGAGGACGAUAUCGAGAUGGCCGAGGAGCCUCAGGAGAUGAUGGAGGAAGCAGAGGAGCCUCAGGAGAUGAUGGAGGAAGCUGAGGAGCCUGUUCCUCCGAAGACGCUUGAGGCUGAAGACGGAAAGAAAGAGGAGGAGACGGGAGGCGACCAGGUGCUGGAAGAAGAGCCAAAGUCAGGAGGAGAAGAACAGAGUCGUGGUGCGACCCACUCGUCUCCGUGCUCCGACCAGGGAGGAGGCCGAGAGGAAGAAGAAGCAGAAACAAGCCGAGAAGACGGAGGGAAACAGGAAGUGGAGCAAGAGAAGAGGAUGGAUGAAGAGGAGGAGAAAGCGGUUGAGGUCGUUCAGGAGGUUCAGGAGACGAGUCAGGGGGAGAACGAUGAGACCACACUGGACGUCUCCAUCCUGGACUCAGACAGUGGCUGGAUGGACUCACAAGAUGAGGACAAAAGUAUUAUGACCGAGCAAAUCGAAGCCCUUCCUCUCACCCAGAGUUCCACCGGCUCGCCCGCGGCGGCGGCGGCGGACAGACCCGCUAAACGGGCACCUGGCAGAGGGAGGGGCCACGCCGGCACCGCCGAGAGCAAAGUGUCCCGCAAAGCGCCCGGCCACCAUCCCAGAGAGGACAUGAAGAAGAAAAAAGUAGGCAUGAGGAGGACUGAGCAGAAUAAGCUGUCAGUCCUCCAAACUCGCUCGCCAUCUCGAAAGAGCGCCGGCAGAGCGGCGGCCCGACAGCCGCGGCCCGCUCUGCUGCUCGGCUCUGCUAGACGCAAGGCCUCAGGUGAUCAUUUCUCUGCAGGCAUGGAGAGCCACCAGCCCCUCAGUGUGGCCCACCAGUCCAGGGAGAGGACCACUGAGAGAGCGUACCGCAGCCCGGAGAAGAGGUCGUCCCUCCCCCGGCCGGCCAAGUCCCUGACCCGCCACAUCCCGGCGGCGGAGCAGGACGACAGCACCCCCUGCAGGCCGACCUCGAUCCGGUCCAGAGGGGACAGCAGGUCUCGAAGGGCCCCUGGUGUGGCAGGCACAGACUCCCGUUCUCGGUCAGUCCGUAGCGGCGCCUCCACCCCCGGCUCCACCGCCGUCACGCCCGGCACACCCCCGAGCUACGCCUGCCGCACCCCAGGGUCACGCACCCCCGGCAGCCACACCCCCAAGUCCUUCAGCAUCCUCCAGGAGAAGAAGGUGGCGGUGAUCCGGACUCCGCCCAAGUCGCCGUCCACCGCCCAACGGCAGCUGAAGGUCCUCAACCAGCCGCUGCCCGACCUGACCAACGUCAAGUCUAAGAUCGGCUCCACCUCCAACCUCAAGCAUCAGCCCAAGGGCGGACAGGUCAUGAUUCCAAGUGUGAAACUGGACUUCAGCCACGUUCAGUCUAAAUGUGGCUCCAUGGCGAAGAUCCAGCACACGGCCGGAGGAGGAAACAUCCAGAUCCAGACCAAGAAGCACGACAUGAGCCACGUCACCGCCAAAUGUGGAUCCAUGUCCAACAUCCGCCACAGGCCAGGGGGCGGUAACGUGCGCAUCGACAGCGUGAAGCUGGACUUCAAGGACAAGGCCCAGUCCAAGGUCCGCUCGCUGGACAACACCACCCACACUCCUGGGGGGGGCAACAUCAUGAUCGAGAGCCACAAGCUGACCUUCCGGGAAACGGCCAAAGCCCGGGUCGACCACGGCGCCGAGAUCGUGGUCACCCACACCCCCGGCGUGGAGACGGGAGGCCUCUCCCCUCGCCUGUCCUCCGCCGGCAGCAUCAACCUCCUGGAGUCGCCGCAGCUCUGCACGCUCGCCCAGGACGUCACCGCCGCCCUCGCCAAGCAGGGCUUAUGA